UCUAAACAUUGGGGAGGUUUCUGCAGAGAAGUGACUUGUACAUCCAGAAGGACUGGGAUAAUUUUGUUUCUCUGAAUGUUAGCUCCUUCAAGUCAACAGGCCAAAUGUUAAUUUCUGUAGAAAUUUUCUUCUGCACCCCUGGAAUAUCUUUCAUCUGAAUUUGACCCAAAUUCCUUCUUUUCUCCAGAUCCCCUUUUCCCACGCGGAUCCUCUGAGCGAACCCAGCCUGGGGCCUUCACCAACGGAGGAGGAAGGGAUCCACUAGAUUUCCCCUGAGAGUCCAGGGGGCGUCGGGGAUGGCCCAGUCCAGGUCCAGCGGCUCCCACUAUGCCCUGACGGCCAUUGGGCUGGGAAUGCUGGUCCUCGGAGUCGUCAUGGCUGUCUGGAACCUGGUCCCAGGCUUCGGCCUCAGCACCAAGCCUCCCCUGGCCAGCAGCCCCCACCACAACGAGACGGAGAUCCACAAAGGAGUCUUGCACCGGAACAAGACCUUCUCGGUGGCCUACGUGUUGGUUGGGGCUGGGGUCCUGCUGCUGCUCUUCUCGAUCUGCCUGACCGUCCGGGACAGGAGGAAGAGGGGGCACUGCGAGGAGGACGUCAUCCAGAUACGCCCACAGCCCUCGGUCGAGCGGCCUCCCCCGGAGGACAGCCAAGAAGAGGACGAACAGAGCCUCUCUCGCUACUACGUGCCCAGCUACGAGGAGGUGGUCAACGGGGUCUACCCGGGCAGCAGGGUGCCUGCUGAGCCCGGUGCCCGCAUCAGCGUCUCUCUUCCCUCUUAUGAGUCUCUGACGGGCCUGGAGGACAACCUCCCCACCAGACCCGCCACGGCGGCAGGGGCGGCCCCCGGACCUGGCGGGGAGCGCCCCCUCACCAGACAGAGCUCCCGGCUGAGCAAACGGCUGAAGCCCUUGAAAGUGCGCAGGAUCAAGUCCGAGAAGCUGCACCUGAAGAACCUCCACCUAGGGGGAACCCCUCCCGACCGGGUCACGAUUGAGCCGCUCACGCCCCCUCCGCAGUACGAUGAGAUCUCCCCCAAGCUUCCUGAUCCCCGGGCGGAGCCGUGAAGCCAUUCGGGGGACACUUUGCG